AUGGCACGAAAACUUAGCCACCAGAGGGUCACUUAUGUGCUUCCUCUGCCUGAUGCCCCCGGCGGGCACCGGCUGGGAGUUAAUGGGUUGACCGUUGAUCCUCAAAACUCCAUCCUGUACUCCGCGGGCCGUGACGGUGUUAUCUGUUCCUGGGAUCUCGACUUCCCUCAAACUCCCUUCCACGCCUCAAACCCAUACGCAGAUUCCAGUCGACAACCGGGCCCAACUCGUUUCAAGACUCAGGUUCAGGCCCAUAGUCACUGGAUUAACGAUAUCGUCUUGACCCAGGACAACUCCGCGCUCGUAUCCGCAUCGUCUGAUACGACCGUUCGACUCUGGCGGCCGCACUCUGAAUCUACCGAAGUUCCAGAACGGAUUGGAAAACAUACAGACUACGUUAAGGCGCUGGCCAGCCCCGGCGGGCAGGCUAGUUGGGUUGCGUCGGGUGGACUUGACCACAAGCUGUUCUUGUGGGACCUGAAUGGAGGCGGAGAGAUCUUGGGUAUUGAUGCCUGCGAUGACGAUGCGACUGAAAAGGGUUCUAUCUAUGCACUAGGAGCCGGAUCGUCGGUGCUCGCCAGCGGCGGACCGGAGAACGUCGUCCGGGUAUGGGACCCCAAGUCCGGGAAACUGAUCACGAAGUUUGUAGGCCAUACAGACAAUAUUCGGGAUAUUUUGAUCAAUCAGGCCGGAGAUACUAUCAUGACUGCUUCGUCAGAUCAGACCAUCAAGAUAUGGUCUCUCACCGCAGGUCGUUGCAUGAACACCCUGACUAUGCACAAUGAUAGCGUCUGGUCUCUUUACUCUGAUCAUCCGGAUCUUUCUGUCUUUUACUCCAGUGAUCGCUCGGGAUUGGUCGCCAAGACUGACGCGCGGCGGUCGUCGGAUGUGGAACAGGGUGUUUGUGUUGCAGCACUUCAAGAACAUGAAGGUGUUGUGAAAGUUGCGGUUUGUGGCGAUUUCAUCUGGACAGCUACUCCUACGUCGAGCAUCAAUCGCUGGAAGGAUGUUGACACUACACUUGAGAUUGAGUCGCCUCCGGAACCCGUGCAUUCCAUCGACUCGGCUACUGCUGCGCCGGUACCAGAUAAGACAAAGAAGAUUCCAUGCAACGCAGUGUUGCAACUAUCGGCAACAUCUUCUCUGCUAGGGAGCUCUCCCUCCUCGAGGGUCAAUACCCCAGAACCUGAUUUGGAGACUGAUAUUGAGUUGCCAAUCCCCGUACAUUCGCAGCCGGAAGAGAGUAUUGAAGGACAGCAUGGAUUGAUCAAAUGCUUGAUGCUGAAUGACAGAAAGCGGACACUCACACAAGAUUCAGCAGGAGAGGUUGUCCUAUGGGAUCUGCUAAAGUGUGUUCCCGUGCAAGCGUAUGGAAAACGACACAUCGAAGAUGUAGCCGAUGAGCUCAAUACUACAGAGAGUAUUGCCCAUUGGUGCACGAUCGAUAUCCGCACAGGCAGACUUUCAGUGAUCUUGGAGCCCAACCACUGCUUUGAUGCUGAAGUCUAUGCAGACGAGGCAGGCUUGUCAGACGCCGACCUUUCGCAGUUCCGUGAUGACCAACGAAUCAACCUUGGGAAAUGGGUUUUGCGCUGGCUGUUUGCUCCUUUGGUGGACGAGGAAAUUCGACGCGAUAGCGAGUACCGUGAGACUGCCAUCGCAAAGGCCGACGAGCUUGCCAGGCUCAAUCCUUUGAGUACCUCCGUGCCUGGUGAUGACAUUCCUCGUAGUGUGGGAAUUCCCAUCUCGCAAGAUCCCUCUAUGACGACCUUACGUCCAAAUGUUGAUUAUCCCGGGAGCCCCAACGCUUCGGGCUUCGGGAUCAAUGUUGGCACGCCUUCUUCAGUAAACUAUCUCAGCACCUCAAUGACGAGCAGCCUCUCCCCAUUCCCGAACUUUGAAGCAGACAUUCCAGACGUGCCAUCAUCCCAUCCCAACCCCGAUGCCGUACCGUCUUCCUUUUCCGAAAAAGCUAACGACUAUUUUUCGUCACGGGUGGCUCAGGAUAAUGAUAAACUACCCAUGUCUCCGAUUGAUGGUACCCCGGGGCUUCCCCAGUCCCCAGCAGAGCCUGAUAAGGAGGAACGCAAGAAGGGCAGCUCCUUGUUUGGAAAGAAAUUCCGCAUGGACAUCAAGAAGUUAGGUCGAACAUCCACCGAACAAAAGCCGCAAAUCCAAGAAGAAAAGAUCGAGGAAUCCGAAGUAUCGUCUGUCAAGGAGGAGAAGGUAUACGACCCCAAUAUCAGUGGCGUUAUCGAUCGCAUUCGUCAUGAAUAUGACGAAUUUCUGGCCACGAACCCAACUCGAGAAUUGGUGACGGCCAUCACUCCCAGCGCAACGAGCGAGACUCCUCGUCUUCAUAUUCCCUCUCGGACUGCCGUCUUCAUUCAAGAAGAGACAGGUGAUACUGCAGUGGCCUCCGACCUGUAUCGAGGAAGCGUGGGCCGCAUGGGGCAAGAGAUUGAGCGAUUGGAAAAAUCCAUUCCACAUUGGCUUGGCGAACUUUUGCUCAAGAAUCAAAUUCCAUUCAAGGAACAGGUCAAGAUUGCUUUCAUCUUGAAGCCUUUCGAUGACUUGUUGCCACCAGUUGUCAAGCCAGAAGUAGCGACUUCAAAUGGAGGCCCACCACCCCUUAAUCCCAAUGGCGCCAACAGCUCUCGUCUGAACGCUAAUCGGAUGUUGCGUGCUAAGAAGGUGCUAGCCUACGUGGCUGAGCGCAUUGAUCCCCCGCACCCCGAUGAUCCGGAAGAUAGUGUCAUGCCAGCGGAGGAGUACCUUGAACUCUACUGCCAGAAAAUCUUAUGUCCACCAAAUAUGACUCUUGCUACCAUCCGAACAUGUCUCUGGCGUACCUCUGGUGACAUGGUUCUGUACUACAAGGCAAAUGGCAAGAAAGAGAUACAAAAUCCCUCGACCCUGACUAGCCACAAUGAGAAUCAUGGCGCCAGCAGGGAUACCGGUUUUACCAAUGGGAACCACCACGCGCCCCCAGGCAGCAUUCACUCAAUGACGAAUUCAGGGUCUGUUUCUGGAUCGGUGGUCACGUAA